AUGGUGGCGGCGGUGGAAGAAGUGGCGGUGGAGAGUGUAGAGAGAGAGUGGGUAAAUGCCAAAACUGGUCCUGAACGUACCGAUUUUGGCCCAUCAUACUCAACCUCACUAGACCUCCUCCGGCACCACCUUGCCGGAAAAGACCUCCGGCAGGCUGACGAGGAGACGCGCUGUCUCAUCAUCGCACUCGCCGCCGCCGUGAAGCGCGGUUACUUCUUCUUCUCAAAGGUCCAAUUCAUCCCAGCUGAGGCAUUCCGGGAAAUCGACACGCUGUGGCGGCAGCACAACGACGGGAAGUUCGGUUACAACGUGCAGCGGAGGAUCUGGAAGAAAUUGAAUGGGGAUUUCACAACGUUCUUCAUCAAGGUGGGGUGGAUGAAGAAGCUGGAGAGCUCGGACGUGAAGCAGUACAAUUACAGGAGCUUUCCGGCGGAGUUUAUGUGGAAGAUGGAGGAGGGGCUGCCGGAGGGGUACCUGCCACUGACAAAUGCGCUGAGAGGGACGCAGUUGCUCAACUGUAUUCUCAGCCACCCGGCUUUGAUGGAGAAGAUGAUGUGCCUCGGCGGGGAUGAAUUGGACCUCUGA